AUGAGUUUCGCCACGUCGACGUACGCGGCGGCCAGCUCGCCGCUCCGGCGCCUGAGCACAGCCGCAGACAACCUCGGCGCUCCAAAGGGCUGGCCCGAGGCGCAAAAGGCGGAGAGCCACCUCGCGAUACUUCACCGGAUCGCCAACCAGCCACCGACACGCCGCCUGGGCCACCGCGGCGACUUUAUCCCCAUCCGGCGCUGCAGCUCAGCCCUCUCCUCGGCUCCGACACUAGCCGAGGGUGAGGCGGCGGCGGCGCCGCCUCUCAAGGCCGGGCCAUCGCCGUUCAGGCCGGUCGGAUCGACGCCGCCGGGAAGCGGCUGGCAGCUCGGUGUCGGGCCGCUUGCCUCGCGCUCGUCGCAGCUGGCCGGCUCGCUGCCCGACACGCCGUGCGAGGCGCAGCACGCGACGCACCCCUCGCGGCGCGGAGAGAGCGCAGACGACGACGAGACCGCGUGGGCCUCUCCCGCCGCCUCUCCCGCCGCCUCUCCCGCCGCCUCUCCCGCGCUGAUGCCUCUCGCUGAAGAGAUCCGGCGGCGGCAGGUCGAGGAGGCCUGCCGCGCCGCCGCCCGAGGAGCCGCGACGCCGCCCGCACCGCCCGGCGAGAGCGGGCGGCAAGGCACCGACACGCACCGCCCUCGAGCCGCCUCCCGGCACCUCGCGGCGGCGGCUGCGAACGCGGCGGCGGGCGCGGCCUCGGGAGCGCUGCAGCGCACCACGGUCGUCGAACCGCCGCUGCCACCGCCCGCUGGCGCAGCAGUGCUCACCGGCGGCGCCGGCCUGAAGGGCGACCCUUGGGCGGGCGAUUCCCGGGCCAGCGAGCUGGUGCGGCAGCGGCGGAACAGCGCGCUAGCAGCGAGCCCCGGAGUGGCUGACGCGUGCAGCCCGGCGGUGUGCGCGGGAGCGACUCUGUUGGACGAGCGGCGAAGCUCGCUGGACGAGCCCCUCGCCCUCGAGGCAACUCUGCUGGACACGACGCUGCUGGACGCGACGCCGGAUGCGUCCCUCGACGAUCCUGGCCCGCUCCAACCACCGGUGCGGCAGCAGGUCGAGGCGGAGCUGAGAGAGAAGAUGCAGACCGAGCUGCAGGCGCAGGUCCAGGCGCAGGUCCAGGCUCAGGCGCUCGUGUGA